AUGGCCUCGACAUCAAGCCGGCCCAACGCCGCCACAAAUCAAUGUCCGCCGCUAGAGAAUCAAUUGAAGAAACGAGCGCCGCGUCGACGCGUCAAGCGCGAUGGGCCGCUUCAACUGCAGUUCCUCACCGCAACCGACCCGUCAGACUUCAAGAAUGAGGACACAAGACGCAGCGUGCGUUCGCAGGCGAUGGUGUAUCAUAGGAGCAAGCCCAAGAAACCGGCGGUGCUGCAUCAAAAACGGGCUGGGGGACCAGUCACCAAGAAAGAGCCCAUUAUUUCCGUCUUCGUGGAUGACCACCCCGGACAUACACCAGGCGGGCUCAAAGGGUCUGUAAUAAGGCAGCAGCGACAUGGAAAUGCGAUAAUACUAAAGACGGGCUGCGAUGCUCAUACAAGCGCCGCACUGGAGAGAGGCCCCCAACCCCACCAACGGCUUCCCGCUACACGCGGCCUACCACGGUUGGCCAAAGGCCACGUCGACUCGAAUGGCGACGAACACACGCAGAGUCAAGAGGAACGUGUCUUCCGCCGGUUCAUGGCCAGGAUAGCGAACUUGUAUCAGGUUGGAGACGGGGUGGACCCAUUUCGUGCUCUACCGAGUUUCAAAAGUCCAGAGGUCGACUCACUUUUCCUCAAGCGCAAUUGCAUGCGGGUAUUCGCGAGCGACAUGUUCAAUGUCAAAUGGCUUCCGGCUAUGCUUUCUUACCCCGAUGUCUUGCUCAGCUCAUCAAUUAUAGCCGCCGUAUGGCUGGAUUUGCACGAGGAGAGGACGAGCGACAGUAAGCAGACUGUGCUGCUCAAAGCCGAGAUUUUCGACAUGAUCAAGGGGCGGCUACAAAAAGCCAGCACCCAAUCAUCAGACUCAACCAUCAUGAUUGUGAUGCACUUGCUUACAGGUGAGAUAUUCGGCUCUAAUGAAAGAGCUUUGCGCGUACACGAGCAUGGACUCGCUAGGUUACUGCUGCAUCGUGGCGGGCUGUCACGCCUAGGCAACGAACCAUUGGCAGAAACAUGCACAGCGUGCUGCUUUCACGGUAACCUGAUUAGUGAGGCCGAGCCUCUGCCUGCCUUUGCGACAUAUCAAAUAGCAGUGGAUCCAAUCCUGCUUGAUGACUCUACGAUACCAGAGUCACCGCUGUUUUGCCUGAGAGCAGAUUUUACGACAAUUGCUAACGACUCGCGCUGUUCGCCCUUCACGUGUGACCUACUCCGAGAUAUGCGGGAUUUAACCAACCUCUUCAUCGCUCACGAAUCAGCAUUGGAGGUUCAGCGUCGUGUUUCCGAGGUCGAUGCUGCUUACGCAAAGGAUUCCGAUGUCGAAUACAGCAGCAAAGUCACUGCAAUACGUAAACGCCUGACCAGGCUUCCUUCGGCCCAUGUUUCAAACCUUCCCACUUUCAACGACUGGGUGUAUGAAGCCUGUCGCAUCACCGCUCUCAUCUAUGCCGCGUCUAUUAUACUGCGCCUACCCUUUUCUGUCACUGCUGACCCGUGUCAAAAUCCGCUCGUGGCAGAGUUGGAGGCCUCAGACUGUCUAGGGUCAGGCACUAGCCUGCUUGACAUGCGCCUGAGCGAGACGCUGUACACUGUACUGCAGCGCACUAACAUUGCAGAUUUGUGGAACAAGAUGUCUGGGGUAUUCUACUGGGUCAGUACCGUUGGCGCUGCUGCUGCCCGCUCACCCUCGGUGAUCCAUGAAACGCGGCAGUGCCAGUCUCGGGACGAGAAAUGGGUGCGGCGAUGUUUUGCAAUUUUCUCGACGCGCACCAUGAUCAAGUUGGUGUUUAAUCAUCCCAAGCCCGUCUUACUGGCACAAAAGCGGCUUCUCAACAUACAGCGGCUUAUCGCCAGACACGGCGAGGAUCACAAUGCGUGGAAGAGCGAGGAAAAGAUAUUAGUGCAUGGUUCCUAG